CUUCUUUCUUUUUCAGAUUUUCUAUCCUUCUUUUUGUCCCUUACAUUUUAAAUUAUUAAUAUAUCUACAAGUACAUUGAAAGGGUACUCUCUCUGUGCAUGAUUCUUGAUCUUACCACCCAAAUGGGGUCUCUCCAAACAUCAACAAAUCUUAGCAACAAGUCUUGUUUAUGUGUGUCAGGGAGUGGUUUGCAGGGAUUGAGUGUAGUAAGUCAAGUGGGGUUUUCUUGGUUAUUGCAAGGACGAAAAAGAAGCAGAAAGAUCCAAUCUUUAUGUGUUAGAAGUUCAUUCAGUAAUGGUGGUAGUUCUCCAGAUGAGAAAGUGUCAGAGGGUCUUCUUUUAGGUGCUGAGAGGGAUGGUUCUGGCUCUGUUGUUGGUUUUCAAUUGAUUCCCCAUUCUGUUGCAGGUGAUGCAACAAUGGUUGAAUCUCAUGAUAUUGUAGCCGAUGAUGGAGAUGAAUUGAGUGAGGAUGCUGAAGAGAUGGAGAAAACCCCUAAAUUAACUUUUAAUAUCAUUUUUGUUACUGCUGAAGUAGCUCCGUAUUCUAAGACAGGUGGUUUAGGAGAUGUUUGUGGUUCUUUGCCUAUGGCACUAGCUGCUCGGGGUCAUCGUGUAAUGGUUGUUUCACCUAGGUAUUUGAAUGGAGGUCGUUCAGAUGAAAAAUAUGCUAAUGCUGUUGACCUUGAUGUGCGGGCCACGAUCCACUGCUUUGGUGGUGCUCAGGAAGUAGGCUUCUACCAUGAAUACAGGGCCGGUGUUGACUGGGUAUUUGUGGAUCACCCUUCUUAUCAAAGAACUGGAACGCCAUAUGGUGAUAUUUAUGGUGCAUUUGGUGAUAAUCAGUUUCGCUUCACUUUGCUUUGUCACGCAGCAUGUGAAGCACCAUUGGUUCUUCCACUGGGAGGGUUCACUUAUGGAGAGAAAUGCUUGUUUCUUGCUAAUGAUUGGCACGCUGCCCUGGUUCCUUUACUUUUAGCGGCGAAGUAUCGUCCUUAUGGUGUUUACAAGGAUGCUCGUAGUAUUGUCGCAAUACACAACAUUGCACAUCAGGGAGUGGAACCUGCAACAACCUACAAAAAUUUGGGAUUGCCUCCAGAAUGGUAUGGAGCAGUUGAAUGGAUAUUUCCCACAUGGGCAAGGGCGCAUGCACUUGACACUGGUGAAACAGUGAACAUUUUGAAAGGGGCAGUUGCAAUUGCUGAUCGGAUACUGACAGUUAGCCAGGGGUACUCAUGGGAAAUAACAACUCCUGAAGGGGGAUAUGGGCUACAUGAGCUGUUGACCAGUAGAAAGUCCGUUCUUAAUGGAAUUACUAAUGGAAUAGAUAUUGAUGAUUGGAACCCAUUAACAGAUGAGCAUAUUGCUUCGCAUUACUCCAUCAAUGACCUCUCUGGAAAGGUGGAGUGCAAGAUUGCUCUGCAAAAGGAACUGGGCCUUCCAAUUCGACCUGAUUGUCCACUGAUUGGAUUUAUUGGAAGGCUGGACUACCAGAAAGGUGUUGACAUAAUCCUCUCAGCAAUUCCAGAACUUAUGCAGGAUGAUGUCCAGUUUGUGAUGCUUGGAUCUGGUGAGAAACAAUACGAAGACUGGAUGAGACAUACGGAAAAUCUUUUCAAAGACAAAUUUCGCUCUUGGGUUGGAUUUAAUGUUCCAGUUUCUCAUAGGAUAACAGCAGGCUGCGACAUAAUAGUGAUGCCUUCAAGAUUCGAACCGUGUGGCUUAAACCAAUUGUAUGCAAUGAGAUAUGGCACCAUACCUGUUGUUCAUAGCACUGGGGGCCUAAGAGACACAGUGAAGGAUUUUAAUCCAUAUGCUCAAGAAGGAAAAGGUGAAGGUACCGGGUGGACAUUUUCUCCUCUAUCGAGUCAAAAGUUGCUUGAUACACUGAAGGUGGCGAUUGGGACUUAUACAGAACAUAAGUCAUCUUGGGAGGGCUUAAUGAAGAGAGGAAUGGAAAGGGACUAUUCCUGGGAAAAUGCAGCCAUUCAAUACGAGCAAGUUUUCGACUGGGCCUUUAUAGAUCCUCCAUACGUCAGAUGAUUUAUCAAGAAAGAAGGCAAAUGGAUAUAUCGUUAAACUAGACACUGAGCUUUUGGUGCUAUUAGCUACGUCGUUAGGUGUGGAAUGUUUGUGAUUCUUUCUGACUUAGAGAAAUCAAGUUAGUUCCAAAGAGAUGUAGCUUAUCUUAAGGAAGAGAAAAGGAAAGCUAGAAACCAAGAAAGUGCUCCUUGGGAGAAGAGUGGAACAUGUAAAGAGAAUUUUGAAUUUUAUGUGGGUGACGAGAGGCCAAUUGAUCAAAUAUUGUUUCUCAUUUUUUAACAUCUCAUAUAAUUAUUGUUAUUAUUCAAA